UUAUGAAUUCAAUAAUGUUCGUCAAAUUGUUUUUUUCGGAUGUUGGGACGAUGCAGAUGCUGUAAAAUUAUCCAAAAAUAUCAUGAGACACGACGCAGCCGUAUCAUUCAACUCAAUAACCCUAAAUAUGAAUCUGGAAAUAAUUCUGAAAGUGAAUUACUAUCAUCUCGGGGUCAUACUGAAUCUUGAUUGUCCCCUGAGCGAUUCGGUUCUACACGAGUUUUCGGAUCAGUUAGUUUUUAACGAGACCUACGUGUGGCUCCUGCUCACAACUGCUCCAUCACCUCCUAGCAACAGACUCAGGCAUCUGCCAUUGUCGAUAGACACAGAGACGACUGUGGCAACGCGUGACGGGAAUAAAUUCACUCUCUACGACAUUUGGAAUCCAAGUUAUCGUCACAAUGGUUUAUUCCAUGUCGUUUACAAGGGCCGCUGGAGUCCUGAAGAGGGAUUGAUCAAUGAGUUGACUCAGUACAAGUACACACGUCGUAAUUUCAAUUUAACGCCACUGAAUUUCUCUAUCACACUGAGGCAUCCACCACUUCCGGAUCUUGAAACCUACAUGACAACUCCAAUCAAUCCACAAUUUGAUUCGAUGCAUCGUUAUCAUUACGCGCUUGCAUUGAUAUUGCGAGAUAUUUUCAAUUUUACCAUAAAUCUACAUCGCGCCAGUUCAUGGGGCUAUAUGAAACCAGACAAGACUUUCGACGGCAUUCUUGGAGACAUUGCUAAGAAGGUCAUAGACAUCAGUAUAUCACCGUUUCGGUACAGACCUGAGAGAUUCGACGUCGCAGAAUUCACAGUGCAGACGCUUCUUGUGAGAUCGUUCUUCAUCUUUCGGCAUCCCAGCAGUGCCUCACUGCGGAACAACUUCUUGAAGCCCUUUGCCAAUGAACUCUGGUGGAUGAUACUGAUGGUGAGCAUCGUGUACUGGAUUUCGCUGUUGAUCACCAUCAGAAUUCAGAAACAUUAUGACGAGUCGAGGAGUUCCUUGAUGGUACCGGCGUCCGAGGCUACUCUCACUACAGUCGCAGCUCUUUCUCAACAAGGAGUUUCCGAUGAUCCACAAAUCAUAUCCGGACGCAUCGUAUUCCUCUCUCUCUUCAUUUGGGGCCUUCUCCUGUUCCAAUUCUACUCAGCGAGUAUCGUUGGGUCUCUCCUCACGACUCCCCCACAUACAAUCACAACAGUCAAAAAUUUGACUGACAGUGAUAUAGACUGUGGCGCAGAAGACGUCGCAUGGGCUUACGAUAUGUUCAAGACAACCCCCAUCGCAGAAGAGAGCGAACUUUAUGAGAAGAAAAUCAAACCUUUUGAGAACACACCUAAGAACAAGUACUUUUCCAUCGUAAAGGGGAUGCAAAAAGUGCAGAAAGGGGGAUUUGCGUUUUAUACUGAAUCAGCACCAGCAUACAAACAAAUCAAGGAUACCUAUCAUGAAGACGAAAUAUGUGAAUUGCAAGAAAUCCAAUCGCAUCCUGCUCGGGAGGUUACGAUGGUGACGGCCAAGCAUUCGCCAUUCACAAAAAUGGUCAUCUACGGAUUGAGAAAAAUAGUUCAGCAUGGUUUAUCAGCCCACGUCCUGGAGACCUGGUACGCCCCCCGACCCCGGUGUCCCGAGACUCACAACUCAAAGCCAACAGCUGUAAAAUUCGAACAAUUUGUCCCCGCAAUUUUCCUCCUCCUCAUGGGAAUGAGCGUUUCGAUCUUCGUGUUGGGAAUAGAGUACCUGUAUUUUUAUCAGACUGAAGAUGCCUCCCACUUUCAUCAAGAAUAUUCCGCUCGAGCGACUCAAACCAAUCCAACACCUGAACACUGCACAGAGGAGUAUUAAUAGUGACGAUGGAAUUAAUAGUGCAAUCGGUACAGCCAAGGAUUUCAUGGUCAUCAUACUCUAUUUGUUUCAUAUCAUAAUCAUCGUGUAUCCAGUCAUUCGUUUAUGGUAGAUA